CUUUAUAAAGGUCGAGUGCACGCUCUUGGGUCCUCCGUGUGCAAUGGUCUGUCGUCAUUGACCACAACCUGGGGCCAAAGCGACGCGCCAUGGCUCGAACCUGGCUUCACCGAACCUCUUCCCUUCUAAUUGUCUGUUCCGUACUCUGGUUCCAUCUAGCCACCGUCGAUGCAAAACAUCAUAACCGACGGCCGAUGGUCCUCCCUCUACAUCAAUCAUCACGCAAUCAUUCCCUGCACCGACACGUGGACAAUCUCCGCCGUCAUCUCCAGCAGUCGGAGUUCUCUCCUUCCAUUCCAAACGCUCGGAUGAGACUCUAUGAUGAUCUCCUUUCCAACGGUUACUAUACGACUCGGCUAUGGAUAGGGACGCCGCCUCAGGAAUUCGCGCUCAUCGUCGAUACCGGAAGUACUGUAACUUACGUUCCUUGCUCCAGUUGUGCACAGUGCGGCAAGCAUCAGGAUCCAAGGUUCCAACCGGAUUUGUCUAGCACUUAUCAACCUGUAAAAUGCAAUCCGAGUUGUAAUUGUGAUGAUGAGCAAAAGCAAUGCACAUAUGAUAGACGGUAUGCUGAGAUGAGUUCCAGCAGUGGGGUGCUUGGAGAGGAUGUUGUUUCUUUUGGGAAUGAAAGUGAACUUGUGCCUCAGCGUGCUGUUUUUGGUUGUGAAAAUAUGGAAACAGGUGAUCUUUACAGCCAACGAGCUGAUGGUAUAAUGGGUUUGGGUCGUGGGCGGCUAAGUAUUGUGGAUCAACUUGUUGAUAAGAGUGUUAUUGGUGAUUCAUUUUCUUUGUGUUAUGGUGGGAUGGAUGUUGGUGGGGGUGCAAUGGUUCUUGGAAAUAUCACUCCUCCCCCUGAUAUGGUCUUCUCCCAUUCGGACCCUUUCCGUAGCCCUUACUACAACAUUGAGCUUAAGGAAAUGCAUGUUGCUGGAAAGCCAUUGAAGUUACACCCUGGGAUCUUUGAUGGAAGGCAUGGAACAGUCCUGGACAGUGGAACAACAUAUGCUUACCUUCCAAAAGCUGCAUUUGUUGCAUUUAGGGAUGCUAUCAUAAGGGAAGUUCAUUUUCUCAAAAGGGUCCAUGGUCCUGAUCCAAAUUAUGAUGAUAUCUGUUUUUCCAGUGCUGGAAGGGAUUUUUCGCAACUAGCAAAAAUUUUCCCAGAGGUUGAGAUGGUAUUUAACAAUGGAAAGAAGUUAUUGCUGUCUCCAGAAAACUACCUGUUCCGGCAUACAAAGGUUAGUGGUGCAUAUUGCUUGGGAAUUUUCCAAAAUGCAGAAGCGACUACUCUUUUAGGAGGCAUUGUCGUCCGUAACACCUUAGUCACUUAUGAUCGGGGUAAUGACAGGAUAGGCUUUUGGAAAACUAAUUGUUCUGAGCUAUGGAGGAGAGUGCAGUUCCCUGGUGCGCCUGCGCCAGCUCCUUUAGUCUCCCAAAGCAAGGAUACAAACAUGGAAAUUCCUCCGGCACUAGCCCCAAGUGGGUUGCCACCAAAUGUUCUUCCAGGUUCAUUUCGUAUUGGAUUUAUAACAUUUGAUAUGUCAAUUAGCGCAAAUGAUUCCAACUUGAAGCCCAACUUCAAGGAGCUUGCAGACUUAAUUUCCCAGGAACUGGAAGUUGAUAAAUCACAGGUUCGCCUGUUGAACGUCACUUCCAAAGGAAAUGAUUUCCUUGUUAGAUGGGGCAUUUUUCCAGCUGCAUCUGCCAAUUAUAUUUCUAAUACGACUGCACUGAGCAUCAUUCUGCGCUUAAGGGAUCAUCGAAUGCAGUUUCCUGAGAGAUUUGGAAAUUAUAAGUUGGUUGAAUGGAAUGCUGAACCUCAAAGGAAGAUGACAUGGUGGCAACAUCACUUUCUGGCACUGGCUCUUGGAUUUGUAACUACUCUGAUUCUUGGUUUGUCAGCUAUUGGGAUAUGGUUGGUUCAUCGACGCAGACAACAGGCAAUCAGUGCAUAUGAACCUGUUGGUGCUCCUACUCCGGAGCAAGAGCUUCAGCCUCUUCAAUCUUAAAUUUUCGUCCGUCUGCUGCAUAGUUUACUUGUAUACUAUUUUAUAAUCUUGCACAGAAUACAUGCUUUUGGAGCUCACAAAAUGAUGAUGGUGGUGGAUCCAUGCCAGAUCAGUAUGAGGAGAUACAUAUGCAAUCCCUCUGUUGUACAAUUUUUAUUUUCCAUUUUUAAGAAAAAAGAAAACCAAUAGUGCAAAUAGAUAAUUGGACUAGAUCAUAUUUUUGACUGUCAUAUGUGGAAACAAGUCUCUCAGAUCAAGUAAUACAAGACCCAUUUGAGGAAUGAAAUUAUUAUAGUCAUU